GGUAAACAUGGAUAUCAGAGUGCUGUUUUGUGUCUGUGUUCUCCCGAAUAUCAAUGGAAGCCCUUUAAAUAGACGUUUUUUGGGUCUCUUUGGACUUUCGAUAUCUAAUCCCGCAGACCAAUCCGGUCUAUACAACAUCAAGGUGCCAGGAGAUGCUACGGGAUAUUUAGACAUCACUCAUCAACACUAUAGCGCAUCUGCAACCGGAACAGGAUAUGUACAACACCAAGGACAAAACGGCCCCGGAUCCUUUAGCUUACAGACGAGCGGUUCCGGUCCUAAUUCUCUCCCUGGUAAAUGCAACACGGUCAUUACAUCAAAAUGCCCAAUAGAUUGUAGGGAAAUAGAUUCAGUGACCGGAUGUAUCGGCUGUAAGGCUGGAUGUGCCUCACCGAUGUGUCCAGCGUUUCCUAGCAACUGUCCACGCGGAAAUGUCGCCUUGGUGAAUGGAUGUCCUAUUUGUAUAGCUUAUCUAACUUCAACACAACAGACUACCACUGCGCAAGCGCAGUCAUCAACAUGUGGUCCCGUCAGGUGUCUUUCACCUUGCAACAAAGGAAUUAUGAUAGCUGCUGACGGAUGUCCAAAGUGUGUCUGCUAACUAUGA